AUGAUCUGGUGGAUCGCCAACGCUGGCCCUGCUGGGGUGCUGCUCACUCUUGGCACAAUUCGGGAUCAUGUCGCCACCAUUGCUCGCGACAUGGGUAAGCCCCCCACCUUUCGCUGCUCUGUGGGCUGGGUUCGGCGCGCUAUGCAUCACCACGGCAUCUGCUGCAGGAGUGCGCUCGGUGAAGCCGCCGAUGCGGACCACAACGCCGUGAAGACGUGUAAGGAGAAGCUCCCUCAGCUUCUCAUGCGCAUGUCCGUCACCCCGCGGAACGUCUUCAACCUGGACGAGACAGCUCUGUGGCUGUCCGUCCUGCCGCGGAAGACCUAUGGCACCGGACGUGUGGCCAGACGGAAGAACGCGAAGGAACGUCUCACCGUUGCCUUCCUUGUGAACGCCGAUGGUUCGCACGUGUUCCGCCCUCUUGUCAUCUUUAUGGCCGCCCGCCCGCAUGACUUCAGGCCGGACUAUGACCCCGAACCGCUGUGCUACUGGUGGAACAACAAGAAAGGCUGGAUGACUGCACCGCUAUUCACUCAUUUCAUUGAGCAGGUGAGCGCCGCCAUGUUUGCGGAGAAGUGCCAUAUCGUGAUUCUGCUCGACAAUGCGAGCAAUCACGUUCUUCAGAGCGAGACUGCGACAUCCGAAGACAUUUUUGGAUUUCGUACUCCUUCCAUCAGCAACGUCACUCUAGUCUAUCUCCUGCCGAAUACGACCAGCUUUACUCAGCCGCUCGAUCAGGGCAUGAUCGCCACGGUCAAGGCGCGUUACCGCGCCCACUGGCUUAAAGCGUUCACGGCCUACUGGAAGGAAAUCGGCGGCACUAGUACCGCGAUGCGGAGGUUUCGCCCGACCCUCCGAGACGUCUUGGAGUGGCUCUCCGAUGCUUGGAUGAGCAUCGGAGAGCGCACCAUCCAGCGCUGCUGGUGGCGCACGGGGUGCCUCCCCCUAUCAUGGCAGCUGGAUCUUGCGCACGUGGGCGAGCCCGGUGACGAGGGAGAAGCAGAGAUCGAGCUCGACGAGGAUAUCAGAGACGUGGGAGUGCUCAUUGAUCGCCUCGCCCUCGGCCCCAGCGCGAUGCUCGCCGCGGAGUUUGUCACCGUGGACAACUACGAGCCCACGAGCGCCGAGCCCAGUAAAGAUCCGCUGGCGACGGAGCCCGAGUCGGACACGGCGCGCUCAUCGUGGGAGGCGCCACUGGACGUGAUGGCGGUGUGCGAAGACGCGAGAUCUGCCUGCAAAAUGUUGAUCGGCUACGCGACGUUUGCACUCUAUUUGACAUCCGUAACCCGGUUAUCAUAG